CACAAACCCAGGGAGACAUGCCAACAUGAUCCGGUUAAACUAAGUUUUUGCUUCAUUAAUCAUUUCGAUAUCGUGCUAUAAAUUACGUGAGCCCAACAUGACAACGGUGUGUGAAUGACAGAGUGAUGGGCUCGGUGACUUCUGCUCUAACACGGACAAGAAAUGCGUUGGUGAAAGUGGGUUCAGAACCAGAGAACAACCAUGACCCGGAGAGGAGCCAAUCCGCCCCGGAGUCGGACCGGGCCGUGGACCGGGCGGUGGACCGGGCUGUGGACCGGGCGUCGGACCGGGCCGUGGACCGGGUCCGGAAGAAGAGCGCCCGGUUCAACGUGUCGAGACAAACCGGGCGGCAGUCCGAUGUGCUGAGCAGACAAGACUCCGACGGAGGCAAACACACUUCGAAGAAAAAUACUUCUGAAGGACAACACAGCGUGGCAAAUGAAGAAGGAGAGAGCUCCAACAGACCACAGGCCAGUUUCGCACGCUCAAAGUCCCAGAGUGCUUUGUGGAAUGCCAUCACGGCGGGGAUGGGGAUCAAAGGCAAAGAGCAGAAGCCCCCCCUGUCGGACCCUCGCAGUCCUGAAGAGAUUCUGGCUGACGAUCUCCCUGCAGCCGACCAACCAGACGCCACAGAGAAAACAGCCACCAGAUUACGAUGUCUGGUGAAGCAACUGGAGAGAGGAGAGGCUUCCCUCACAGACCUCAAGAAGAACCUCGAGUAUGCAGCGUUGGUGCUGGAAUCCGUUUAUGUGGAGGAGACAAGGCGUUUGGUGGAUACAGAGGAUGAGCUCAGUGACAUCCAGUCAGAGUCCGUGCCCUCCGAGGUUCGGGAUUGGCUGGCCUCCACCUUCACCCGGCAGAUGGGCCUGAUGCUGCGGCGCAAUGAGGAGAAACCUCGCUUCCGCAGCAUCGUCCACGCCGUCCAGGCUGGCAUAUUUGUUGAGAGGAUGUACCGACGCACCUCCAACAUGGUGGGACUCAGCUACCCCCCUUCAGUCAUAUCUGUGCUUAAGCAUGUUGACAAGUGGUCGUUUGACGUGUUCGCUCUAAAUGAGGCCAGCGGAGAUCAUGCUCUUAAAUUCAUAUUCUACGAGUUGCUCACAAGAUACGACCUUAUUAAUCAUUUCAAGAUCCCAAUCUCUGCGGUGGUGUCAUUCGUGGAGGCCCUAGAAGUGGGAUACAGCAAACAUAAAAACCCCUACCACAACCUGAUGCACGCUGCUGAUGUCACACAGACUGUGCACUACUUGCUACUCAAGACUGGUAUUGUGCAUUGGUUGACUGAGCUUGAGAUCUUUGCCAUGAUCUUUGCGGCGGCGGUGCACGACUACGAGCAUACAGGGACGACAAACAACUUCCACAUUCAGACGAGGUCAGACACAGCUAUCCUGUACAAUGACCGCUCUGUGUUGGAAAGUCACCACGUCAGCGCCGCCUACCGCCUGCUGCAGGAGGACGAUGAGAUGAACAUCCUCUACAACCUCUCCAAGGACGACUGGAGAGAGCUGCGGGCUCUGGUGGUGGAGAUGGUGCUGGCCACAGACAUGUCCUGCCACUUCCAGCAGGUUAAGGUCAUGAAGAACUUCCUACAACAGCCUGAGGGCAUUGACAAGCCCAAAGCCCUGUCCCUGCUGCUGCACACGGCAGACAUCAGCCACCCGGCCAAAAGUUGGGACCUCCACCACCGCUGGACCACCUCUCUACUGGAGGAGUUCUUCAGACAGGGGGACAAAGAAUCAGAGCUGGGCCUGCCGUUCUCUCCGCUCUGCGACAGGAAGUCAACAAUGGUGGCCCAGUCCCAGAUCGGGUUCAUCGACUUCAUCGUGGUGCCCACCUUCACUGUGCUGACGGACAUGAUGGAGCGGAUCGUCAAACCGCUCAUCGACGAGGCCUCCCAUGCAGGUGUUGCCGGCUUUAGACGCUCAAGUCUGAACAGUAUUAGCUCAGAUGAGACCAAGAGGCACAGCAGCUCGUCGGGACAGAGCUCUCUGCUGAUGGUGGACCUGAAGAACUUCAAGGCUCUGUGGAACGAAGAGGUUUACCAGAACAGAGAGAGGUGGAAAUCUCAGGCUGCUAAAGAGGCGGAGGAGAGAGCUAAAAGGGAUCUGGAGGAGCAGGCCCAGCAGGAAGAAGCCAUGGAGCCCCGGGAGGUCCAGACAGAACCAGAACAGCCUGAACCAACGGAGGACCAACCGGAGGGGGAGGAGCCGGGGUCAGCAGAGGUCAGCCAAACACCAGAUGGUAACACGGAGGAACCGGAGCAGGAAGCGCAGCCGGAGAGCCCCUCACUCAAGAACCCCCCCCUGCAGAACGGAGAGUUGUCUGAAGGGACUGAGUGUCCAGUGCGGGAAGAAAACAAGAACAAAGGAGACGCUGCAGAGGUUACGAUGGACUGAGCUGCCUCUCUGGGCCUGUCGCCCUGAAGCUACUGACCUGUUUGAGAGGACUCGCUCUCAGACCAGAGGGAAGUCCAUUAUGUGGGCUGCGUCGCCCUCUACAGGCCACCAAGAAACUGACACCUUCACUUCCGUUUCUCUCUGUGAGCAACUGUUUUCUUAUUUUACUGCAAGGCUCCUGUUUGCAGAGCUCUACCCACGUGCAUUCAUCCUCCCUUCCUGCUUACUGAUGAAGAGGAUACAGAAGAAGAUCUAAUGACCUUAUUACGGCGACACGAUUAUGGGCUUAUUUUUUGUUUGCCAAUCUUUGACCUUGCUUUGGGUUGUGUUUCUAACUCAGCCACAGACAUGUAUCCAUUGUCUGUUAUGUAUCGCUGUCUACACUCACUAUUAUAUUUGAACACUUAAAGAACUGUGUAGGAAAAAAAAGUUUAUUUAAGGACAAAGUUACGAUCACAGUUAUUUAUUUUGGUACUUAUUAAAAGAUGCAGAUGUAUGGGAAAUGCAGAAUAAAGGGGCUUUCGAAGCUGCUACACAGGAUGUACAGCAUGCUAUUAUGUGUAGAGUACAUUGGAGUUUCAUUCCCAGGUUUAAAGCACUACUAUUUUACUAGAAAGUACUCCUUUAGCUCAUCCUCUCUAUGUAGAAAACCUGACUUUUUCCUGUGCUUGCUGUUUAAACUUUGUUGAGGCUACAACAAACACAUUUCAAUCCCAAAUUGUAUGUCCCUUAAUAUGUUUUAUUUUCUUAUGGCUAUCAGACAUGGUGAAAUUCAAAUGCAUUUGUGUUUCCUCCAGCCAUGUUUAUAUUGUAUUUCUGUCCUCUUUACUGUAAAUAUUCAAUGUGUGUACAUGUAUGAAUACGAUUCCACAAUCCACCAACAGAUGUUUUCGUUUAUUUUGGAUUCAGUGUAAGAUAUUGCAGUGAGAAAUGUCCAAAAAUGAGAAUGCAACUUUUACGUUUAAAACAUAUCACACAUCGUUUUUUUUGUAUAAUAUAAAAAUCCUUUACUUUUUCUUUUUGUAAAGUUGUUCUGCUUCUCUUGUGUCCCAUGAAUCAUGCACGAGUUAUCCUCACACUGUAUGUCAUGUCUUCGUCAAAAGACUUCUCGAUGCCUUCUUAUAUGUAUUCAAGCUGUAGCAAAGAGUCAACAUUGCAGGAUUAGAAAAUAUAUGUAUUUUACUUUGCAGUUAUGUUACAGCAGCUUGGCCUACCUACGAGGUCGCUGGUGUGAUGUUUUAUCCACAUAUUUACAGCGUGCUCGCUCUCCUGCCAGCCAGUUGAAUCCAUCGUGCUUCUGUGAUGCAUCCGAGGCUACGAGUCCAAACUGUUUCUGCUUCUUGGUCCUUGGCCUGGUUUUGAAGGCUUGUAAUGUUGUGUAUAGGAGAUGCAAAUAUUGCUUACUGUGCAUAUGUAACAUAUUGAACCUCCUGGUUAAGCUUUUACUAUAUACUUAAUGUGUAAUUGGAAGAAAAAAAUACAAUUUUGGCAGUAUUUGCAUAAUGAUUGAUAUGAUUUCCCCUAUAAACUGUGAACUGUCA